CAGCGAUUGAGACAGACUAUUCAUCACAUGUGAUGCAGAAAGGUGAAGCUGUGUCUCUGAGCUGCACUGCAGGGGGAAAUCCAGAACCUGAAGUGACAUGGAGGUUUCAGAGUCAAAUUAAAGCCACUGGGAGGCGGCAAACCACACUGACAAUUUCUGAAGCCACAUUUGCUGAUGAUGGUGUAUAUACAUGCACUGCUAUGAAUGACCUUGGGUAUGACAGAAGGACAGUCACAGUGCAUGUAGAAGGUGAUUGUCCUGUUAAAAUUCUUCCUGUUAAAUUAGUAAGGGAGUUUGGUGCUUCAGCCUCAGCUAACUGUUCCACAACCAUCAUCCACCAUGGCAUGGGAUGGGAGGCAUCACAGGGAGCAGUGGACAUGGUGGAAAAUGUUCAGCUCAUCACCUGGAGGGUGGACAAUCUCACGCACUACGACAUAAAACCAUAUUGCUUCAUGAAUAUGAAAACGCAGUGUUCAAACAACCUUCCAGUUAUUGUUUACAAGCGUCCAGACUGGGUGUCUAUCAGCACCGUGGAUCACACAGGGCCAAUGACUGAAGGUGGACAAUACGAGCUCCGGUGUGAUGUUCAGAAUGUUGCUCCUGUUCGUCUCCUCACUGUAAACUGGUACAAAGGACACCAUCUUGUGAAAAGAGAAAGCGUUUCUGGUGAAGACAAAUUUCCUGUUAAUGUAAAUGUGACACUUCAGAUCUCACCGAGCAAAGAUGAUGAUGGAGUUCAAUACAGAUGUGUGGCAGAACUGAACCUGGGACCAGAAGGACCGCAACAUCCUCCUAUAGUGACAUCAGAUCCUCUAAACAUCACAGUACACUACAAACCUGAAAUAAACUGUUUAGAUUGGUCCCCUAUAAUAAACACUCCCUUGAGCUCCUAUCCUUAUAAUGUUGUGGGAAACCCAACUCCACACAUUACCUGGCAUCGAGACGAAUUACUGAUCAGCUCUGAUAUGAUUCUAAGCAAAAAUGACUCGGGCCGAUAUAUUUUCUUUGCAAGCAAUCUGAUGGGAAAUGCGUCCUGUAACAUAAGUAUCACUGUAGAGUUUACAAUGCUUAUAAGGCAAUCACCUAUGAAUCAGCAUGAUCAAAAAUGAUAUGUCAUCGGAGGACAUCCAACACAGAUAAUCAUCACAGUUAAAUGGACGUGUGUGUCAUACACAAAGACUGUGUUUAUUUGCAUUGUUUAUGCCAUAAUCUUUUGCAAACACACAUAAAAAAGGUAAAUGUUGUGUUAAUGCAGUGGUUCUCAAACAUUUUCUGUCAUUCCCCACUUAAGGCGGUGGGCGAAUUUUCAAGCCCCACUUGUCAACAAAAUGAUAACGAAAACGGCCAAGUUUACUAUUUAUCGAACUAUCAAUUUCUAAACCAAUAAGAUAAAAUAACACCAAGUUCAAAACAGAUAAAAUACACGUGCAAUUGUUAUAACAGGUUUACUUCGUCACAUCUAGAGCUUUCUUUCAAAGAAGUCGAGUGGCUUAUUAACGUGACUGGGGUGUGUUGUCUCUAAGUGUCUUCCUAAUUUCUUGGGUCUCAUCCUGUCUGCUGCCAGCGUUUUAAGACACAAAACACACACGAGUCUCUCCUCUGCCCCACCAUCCCCACCACGAAUCCAAGCGC